GAAAAGGACAUGCAAUUCCAGCUGCUCUUUUGUGAUUUGUACCAUGUGAAUGUCAUAGCUUCUGCCAUGUGAGAUCAUGGACCCAAUAACAUUUCAUUUAUAAUUCUCUUCUUCACUUAGUCAAUUAAUACUCAACAACGGUCCUACUUCACCUUCACCUUCACCUUCAUCUUCUUCUUCUUCUUCUUGAAUCUUGAUUUACACCUAGCACCGCCGCAACACCGCCUCUUUCUGGCUUCCUACGGUGCCACGAUGAUGCUUCGACACGGCGGCUUGUCACUUUGUGGCGUGUUGGUGAUCACUACCCUUUUUGUUCCAUUGGGUUAUGCUUCUACUUCUUUUAUGUUGGAACCGAUAAUUUCAAAGCCAAGGCACUCACGUCUAUUUAAAAGCGCAUUACGACAAGAAAAUUUGAGUAAACAACAGUCAGAUCUUUGGACACCUUUGGUCAACCAAGGAUGGAAGCCCUGUAUUGCUUCUACUUCCACUUCUUCAUCAGUGUCGGAUUCUUCGGGAUACAUCCAAGUGUUCCUUGAUGGAGGAUUGAACCAACAAAGGAUGGGGAUAUGCGAUGCAGUUGCUGUGGCUAAAAUACUCAAUGCAACUCUUGUAAUCCCUUAUCUUGAAGUGAAUCCGGUGUGGAAAGACGCAAGCUAUUUUGAGGAUAUUUUUGAUGUGGACCACUUUAUGAAUGUACUUAAAGAUGAUAUAUCUAUAGUUAGGGAAUUACCCGAUGAAUACACGUGGAGCACGAGGGAAUAUUACGCAUCUGCCAUUAGAUCCACUCGAGUUAAAAACGCACCCCUUCAUGCUUCAGCAAAUUGGUAUCGUGAACACGUUUCUCCAGUUCUAGAGAGUUACGGGAUAGCUGCAAUUUCACCAUUUUCUCACCGGCUAGCUUUUAACAACAUGCCUGCGGACAUCCAGCGGUUACGGUGCAAAGUCAACUUUGAAGCUUUGACUUUUGUUUCCCAUGUUAGAAAUCUUGGAGAUUUACUGGUCAAUCGCCUCCGGUUUAGUGAUGAUGCCGCUGGCACUGAGUAUCUUAAACAGGUUGUCGACACACAAGGCAUAAAGAGUGCAGGAAAGUUUGUUGCCCUGCACCUACGGUUUGACAAGGAUAUGGCUGCACACUCAGCAUGUGACUUUGGUGGAGGUAAAGCAGAGAAGAAGGCUCUGGCUAGAUACCGUAAAGCAAUAUGGCAAGGGCGGGUCAUGAACUCACGGUUCACCGAUGAAGAACUAAGGAACCAGGGUCGUUGCCCUUUGACACCCGAAGAAAUCGGCUUAUUAUUGACCGCUUUGGGCUUUGACAAUAGUACCCGCUUGUACCUCGCUUCUCACAAGGUGUACGGUGGUGAAGCUAGGAUCUCAGCCUUAAGGAAACUUUUUCCACAAAUUGAAGAUAAAAAGAGCCUUGCUUCUGCUGUCGAACGCGCUCAAAUAAAUGGGAAAGCUUCUUUAUCAGCUGCUGUUGAUUAUUAUGUCAGCAUGCAUAGUGAUAUCUUCGUGUCCGCUUCUCCUGGCAAUAUGCACAAUGCAAUGGUGGGGCAUAGAACAUACUUGAAUUUGAAGACAAUUAGGCCAAACAUGGCGUUAUUGGGGCAGCUUUUCAUGAACAAGAGCAUGAAUUGGUCGGAUUUUCAAGCAGCCGUGGUUGAAGGGCAGAGAAACCGGCUAGGGAAGAUCAAGAUACGAAAAGCAAAACAAUCGAUAUACACAUAUCCGGUUCCUGACUGUGUGUGUCAACAAGAUUAAGUUGGAGAACACCAUUUUAUCAAAUGAACACACCAUAUUGUGGUUGUGGGUAGUUAUGACGAAAUAAGUUGUUAUUUAUUAUUUAGUCUCCCCUAUGUUGUUGCGGUUGUCGUCAACACACAUAAUGACAUCACAUGUUAAUGGUGAAAUCAACUUACAAAUAAUUAAUGAUAUUUUAAUAAACUGGCGGUGCGGUUGGGUUCAAA